GUUCAGGGGGAGUUAUAUUUGACGGGUCAAUCCAAACUCCUCUAGUACGGUCUGAAUCGUUUCAACAACUCAGGCUAGAAUCACCUACGCGAACCUUAAAAGUUGGAGCGCCAGAGGGCGUGGCCAUCGAGUCAAGAGCAGGUGAUAUUACUGCGGCUUGUCGAAAAGAUUUAACUUUACGGUCCGAAGAAGGAAAGAUAUGGUUGGAUUCAGAAAAGAUCGAACUGAAGAACAUCAAAAUUGCUCUUCCCACCACCAGAGGUCGCACAUACGCAGGCAUUUAUCAGUUGUGUGUUUGUGAAAAUGGCCGCCUCUUUCUAUCGCCCCCGGAGGGCCACUGCCAAGCUGACAAUGUCGUGUGUAAGUAGCGAGAUCGAGAAUAUUCUUGACAGUCGUUACGAUUCAAGGAAUAUUGACAGAGUUUCUCUUGAGGGAUGGAAGAAGCGAUACAUAGACUGGUUAUUGUUGAAUUGAACUCUAGUAUUACGACCCUUCCUUAGGGACGGUCAUUAAACCGAACGAAGAGAAUCUAUGCUAUCUUAAGCCUAGUUGAUUCGGGAAAUGACAGAAUUCUCAAUGGGGUCGUUCUGUUAAGAAACCGUCAAGGCCAGCAACUACAGAAGCUCUGAUUCUUUAAAUGACCAGUAAAGAGAAAACUGGUUUUUACCCAUUGCAACUUAGGACAUUUUUGUGGAGUCAUGUGGUGAAGAAAGUGUACUGUUGUUUAAGCUAGACUUCUGUACUAGUAACAUAGACAAGUUCUUACAUAAGUGGCCUUUGUGACACCCAGAUAUAGUGAAGCAUGUGGUUUCUCUUACCAGAUGUGGUGAGGGAUGUGGCUGGUCCUACCAGAUGUGGUGAAGGAUGUGGCUUCUCCUACCAGAUGUGGUGAAGCUUAUGGCUGGUCCUACCAGAUGUGGUGAAGCUUAUGGCUGGUCCUACCAGAUGUGGUGAAGUUAUGGCUGGUCCUACCAGAUGUGGUGAAGCAUGUGGCUUUUCUUACCAGAUGUGGUGAAAGAUGUGGCUGGUCCUAUCAGAUGUGGUGAAGCAUGUGGCUUCUCCUACCAGAUGUGGUGAAGCUUAUGGCUGGUCCUACCAGAUGUGGUGAAGGAUGUGGCUGGUCCUAUCAGAUGUGGUGAAGCAUGUGGCUUCUCCUACCAGAUGUGGUGAAGCUUAUGGCUGGUCCUACCAGAUGUGGUUGGAACUACCAGAUGUAAUGAAGCGUGUGGCUGGUCCUACCAGAUGUAAUGAAGCUUGUGGCUGGUCUUAUUAGAUCUAGAGAAGCUUGUGGUUGGUCCUACCAGAUGUAUUGGAGAUUCUGGUUGGUUCCGUAUCCUCUAACAGUAGAGAAACUAGCCACACAAUGUUCUAGGUCUUAAAACAGAGAAGUGCAAGGAUCCAGUUUUCAACUAAUUGUUUACAUUUUGAAAUAACUGAAACUAAAAAUUGUGCUAACUUGUUAUUAUUAAAGUUUAGAAUCGUCUGUUGUGUUUGAA